AUGACAGUGGCCCCAACGACGACCGCGAAGCGCGUGGCCGCGCUAGCGAACCUCCACCUGCCCAACACGAAGCGACUCGACCUCGCGCCUAUGGUGCUGGGCGAUGGCCCGCCGCAAAGCGAGCGCAUCACGUCUGGCGAGCCCGACGCGACGCCUGGCAGCGACGAGCGCGUUUAUGUCCUCGGUGAAGAGGCCUUGUCCAGACACGCGCCGUCCGGCGUCUUCCUUCACGAGCACCUCUCGCCCAGCGUCGACAUCAUCGCGUCGACGGACACGCUGAAGCAAGUGUUUGCGAUGCCAUACCAGCCAGGGGACGGAUCUUCGGGGGUCGCGAUCCACCGCGUCGGCAACUCGCUCGUCAUGGAGAGCGCCCACGACCGCCUCCGUCGCCGCCGCGAGCAAGGCGUCGGGUCCGAGGCGCGCAAGAUCUCGCAACGCUACAAGAAAUCCCGGCGACCGGCCACGCAGCUCUUGCAGCACCUCCCGAUCCACUAUCCGCCCGAAACAAGCCAGACAUCAUCGCCGCUCAAGACGUCGCUCGUCAAUCCGCAGGACGACCAUGACGGCAGCGUCCACGAUACCGACGAGAGCGAGGACGGCGACGGCGUCCCGUCGUACGAACUUGUCGCCGACCCUGAAACGGGCGAGAUCUUUCUUCUGCUUCCUGACGCGCCGCAGCCUGAAGACCGCGCGCAGACCACGUACCAGCAGGUGUUGCACGAUCGGUUCUUGCACGACGACGUGUCGAGGGCAAUGCUACCGCCGACGCUGCCAACCGCGUAUGACCGCGUCGUGCACUGGCAGUUUGACUCGAUGGAGAUGCUUCUUGGCAACAACUCGAUGCUUUUCCAGCACGCGCCGUCCGGGGACUCGAUGGCCGUCGCCUUGCGGGACGUCGAGACGCACUGGACAUCGUUUUCGUGCCUCGACUUGUGGCUCGACCAGGUCAUGACUGGCAUCCAGCGCGCAGCCAUUUGCACGGCCAACACGAACGGCCGCCUCGACAGCUACCACUUGGUGCGCACCGACGAGCUGCCGAUCCUCAGCUUUGAUCCUGCCAACGUGUUUCAAAACGCCCAGUCCAUUCUGCGCUUUCUCCAAGCCCACUGCGUGAGCGAAGCCACAACGUACUGGCUCACGCAGUCGCCGUCCGGCGUCUGCCUCUUUGAGCUCCCAUCCGACGCGAUCGCGUUCCCGUCGUCGUCGGUGGACCACACUGUCGGCACGCUCUGCCUCCAACUGGCGGCGCAAACCUCCGACACCGUGCGUGCCAUGCAGCUGUACCGGAAAGGGCUCGGUCUCGUCGAUAAACGGGCGAUCGCACCCAAGACGCUGGCGACAGCACUCGUGGCGUCGGCGAAACUCGCGAUGGCGCCGUACAUGCGCCCGUACACAGCGACGCGCUGGCUGCACACGGACGCAUUCGUGCGGGCCGAAGACGUGCAGUCGCAGCUCGUCCAAGCCCUCGAAGCCUGCGAGGCCUUUGCGUCGUCGCCAAAAGAGAGCACGAAGACGCUCUUUGAGAUUGCGCAGCAGUUUCUGCCGCAGACGACGAUCUCCGCCGUGCCGGUGGCCGAGCGCGGUGUACUGCCGCCGCCCAUGCUGGACGACGAGGCGCAACAGAAGGAAGAUAUGGAGUAUGCGCUCUCGCUGCUGCUGGAGGCAGCUGCGUAUGUCGAUGCCAGCACCUGUACCGAGCUCCGCGAGGCGCUCUUGGCGUGCUACUACGUCCUCGUACAUAUUGCGCUCCUCGAGACGGACUGUGGCCUCGCGCUGUACCGCCUCCAUCACAUGCUAUGCUUUGUGGACUCGUUCCAGAGCUCGCAAGUCCCUCUCGUCGUGGCCAAGGUGCACUUGCGUCUCGCGAUGCAACCAACGGAUGCGCUGGAUGUCGUACAAGCCCAAUACGAGCAAGCGGUUGCGGCCGACCGCGCGGUCUCGGUCGCGCCGCCGCCCAUGAACGCGCCAUUGUGGCUGCACAUGUCGCGCCAAGCGCUUGCUGGGGACGCCGAGCAGCACCUCAACAUUGCACUCACCUGUGCGAUGCAAGUCGGCGACUACUCGACGCUGCCGCACUUGGUCGUUGGCCGCGAACACAUCCACCGGUGCUUUCGGGAAACGCUACGGGACGCGUACGUGUCGCUGGCGCGGCACCUCGUGUCGACGGGCCGGCAUACCAAGGGCGCGCGUCACGCCGAGCAAGGCAUCUUGCUCUUUACAUCGCUCGGCGACGAUGUCGCGACGCUCGAGCUGCGCAUCGUGCUCGCGGAAGUCGCGCUGCGCUCGGGGCGGCACCACAAGGCCAUUGCCGGCUUCAACGCCGCGCUCUCGGCGCUCCGGCUCGUCGAGUCCGAGUACGUCCGCGUACUCCACGUGCAUCUGUUGCUGCUCCUGCGCUUUGCGCACACGUCGCACGCGCUCCACUUGCAGCAGCAGCUCGCGUCCGAGCCCCUUCUGAACCGCGACGGGCAAUUGACGGCGGCCCGGGUCGCGAUCCGAGACGAGCUGCGUACGGGCCUGCGCUUCGGCUCGGAUGCGUUGGCGCGCAUCGCUCAGCUACCGUCGCGGCGACACCAAGCGCAAUUGUGUGCGUGGCGUGUCGCCGACUCGCACUAUCUGCUCGCGGGCUUUGAAGCCGCGUACGCCCGCGCGCGCCUCGCACAGGCCCAUGACGCAACCCUCUGGACAAGCAUCGAUGCCAGCGCGGCGCACUACGAGAAUGCGCUCGACACGCUACCUCUCGACGCCAGUACGCGUGUCCACCACUUGCUCUUGCGCCUGGACAAGGUCAAAUUUCUGCUCUCGGUGGGUGUGGCCGCCGAGACGAAAGUGCCGCGAGUGGCGUCCGUGUACAAGGACGCACUCGACUGCCUUUUGGCGAGCGCGACUCUCUAUGAAGCGGCGCCGACCGAGACCGUCGACGCGCAGCGCGUCGCGCUCUUGCUGCGCGGACUCUUUCAGCUCAUCGAGCAGCAGGCACAUGUGUGCUUGAAGCACCUUCUCAAGCUCCAAACCGGUGACGUUGCGCGGUUCAAGGCGUGCUACUUGGACUGGCUCACGCAUGGUCGCGACCGAAGCCCGCAUGCGACGCUCCUCGCUGCAAGCAAGGCUCUCCUUCACGACGACGACGAUGCGGCACAUGCGACACCGUAG